AUGGACGCUUCGUUGUACAAGGACACCGUCACUUCCCGUGGGUUGACGUACCGCUACUACUUCUCCCCCGCCCAGCCCUCGAAGCCGACCCUGCUGUUCUGUCAUGGCUUUCCAUCCACGUCUCAUGACUGGCGCCACAUAUGUCUCGUUCUGAAGGAUAAGGGCUACGGUGUGCUCGUCCUCGACAUGCUCGGUUAUGGCAAGACAGACAAGCCUACGGAUCCAGCGGCGUACGUCCCGAGCCUGAUCUCCAGGGACAUCGUCGACGUCUUGGAUGUCGAGAAACUCGCCAAGGUUAUUGCUAUUGGCCACGACUGGGGCUCCAAGGUCGUCUCGCGCCUCGCAAACUACUAUCCUGAGCGAUUCCUCGCUUAUGCCUUCUUCGCCGUUCCCUUCGUGCAGAUCAGACCCCCAAUGGACAUGCAAGUUCUCCUAGACGCGUCGAAGCAGAAGUACGGGUACGAGCUGUUCGGCUACUGGCUCUUCCUGAGCGAGCCAGACGCGAACGACGUCCUCCAAGCGCACAUCGGCUCGUUCAUCAGCAUCUUCUUCCCGCACGAUCCCGCACUCUUCAGGACGCACCUAGCCCCGACGGGCGCGCUCAAGCAGAGCCUGCUCGACGACUUCGCCGCGCCGCGGCCGCCGUACCUGUCUGAGGCGGACGCGAAACGCUUCGUGGAGACAUUCAGGCGCAACGGCUUCGCGGCUCCGACGUGCUGGUACAAGGUCAUGACGACCGCGCUCUCUGCCGACGACGACCAGCAAAUCUCGCCAGAGCGCCGGUUUCCGCCGGCGAGCGCGCCCAUCUUCUAUGGCGCGGCGAAGCACGACUACGUCUGCCUUCCCGAGAACGGCUAUGCGGCCUUUGGGGCGAAGGAGUUCGGCGGGCACAGCGUGACGACGAGAGAGUACGACGCGGACCACUGGCUCAUUCUCUCCAGGGCCGACGAGAUCGUCCGCGAUCUCGAGACGUGGAUUGAAGGCACCGUGCUCGCAAAGGCCUGAGUCUUGAGCCAGUUAGCGAUUCAGGUCUAUGCAAAAUAUGUGCGGCAAUUGGUGUAAUUUAUGCAGAUGUCAUGAAGUGUAUGUGAUCCGGCGUAAGUGCGAGAAAGCUCGUACUGUGAUCCAUGAUGACUCGGGCAGUCAGACUAAUUUACAAUCAGUAGAUCAGAGGCGAGCUAGAGCACUCAUGGAGAUACCAUAUUAUAUAAUCUGUACCUAAAUCUCUGGUCCAAGGUGCAUGCAUAGCUUCUCAACGCGCUGCCUAAUUAAAUAAAGCGUUAACGUUGCAAUAUUAAUACUGAGGCUGCC